CACACUCGGGGGGCGUGGUUAGGGCGUAGUUACGUCAUCUUAUCAGGAAGAAGCGGAGCAGUUGAGAGAGCGGUUGAAGAAGCGCGGAGCCGUGUCAAUGCGUCAUGUCGGACGACAUGUCAAGGCCUUUGGUUCGUGGCAGAGGAGGCGUCGGAGACUCCUGGCAUCUGGAAGCCCCUAUGUCGGAACUGCAACCUCCACUGAUCGGUAUCCUGGGCACAGGGGACUUUGCCCGCUCUCUGGCUGGACGACUGGUGGGCUCGGGCUACCAGGUGGUGGUGGGCAGUAGAAACCCAAAGCGCUGCUCGUCUCUGUUCCCUGAAGAGACUGAGGUGACCUCUCAGAUGGAGGCAGCCACUCAUGCUGACCUGAUCUUCAUCGCUGUCUUCCCCGAACAUCACUCAUCACUGCUGCAGCUGAAGCAGGCGAUGGCUGGGAAAACUCUGGUGGACGUUAGCAACGGUUUGAGAAUGAAUUGUGACGGACCAUCAAAUGCCAGUCGCCUGGCCGACAUGUUUCCUGAGAGUUCAGUCGUCAAAGGCUUCAACACCCUCUCAGCCUGGACGCUGCAGAUGGGGCCGCGGGACGGGAGCAGACAGGUUUUCCUCUGCAGUGAUGACCAUCGAGCCAAGCUGUCAGUGAUGCAGCUCUGUCAGAGGAUGGGCUUCAUCCCUGUGGACUAUGGCCUCCUCUCCUCAGCUCUGGACGUUGAGAACCUUCCCUUCCAUCUCUUUCCGUCCUGGCACGUCCCUGUCCUCGGUCUGUUUUUCCUCUUCGUCUUCUUUUACCUCUACAACUUCAUCCGGGACGUCCUGCACCCUUACGUCACCAAGGGUAAGAACGUGUUCUACAAACUGCCCAUUGACACGGUGAACGUAACACUGCCCUGCGUGGCUUUGGUGAUGCUGUCCUUGGUCUACCUGCCUGGUGUGGUGGCCUCCAUCGUCCAGCUGUGGAGAGGAACCAAAUAUAGAAGAUUCCCGCCGUGGUUGGACCAAUGGCUGCUCCGCAGGAAACAGUUGGGUCUGUGCAGCUUCCUGUGUGCUGCACUGCACGCCAUCUACAGUCUGAGUCUGCCCAUGAGGAAGUCUGCUCGAUACAAACUCAUCAACACUGCCUAUAAACAGGUGAAGGAUGGGGUGGAGGACUCGUGGCAGGAGGAGGAGGUGUGGAGGAUGGAGUUGUACGUGUCUGCAGGAAUCUUGGCUCUGGGUCUGCUCUGUCUGUUGGCUGUGACAUCACUGCCUUCAGUCUCUAAUGCAGUCAACUGGAGGGAGUUUACCUUCGUACAGUCAUCUCUGGGUUACUGUGCCCUCUUCAUGGCCACCCUCCACACCUUGCUUUUUGGCUGGGAUCGAGCCUUCAAAGCGGAUGAGUACCAGUUCCUGCUGCCGCCCACCUUCAUGCUGGUGCUGCUCCUCCCCCUGACGGUGCUGGUGGGGCGACUCACUCUCCUCCUGCCCUGCAUUGCCCUGCGGCUCAAAAAGAUCCGCCGCGGCUGGGAGACGAGUCAGCAUGUCAGAUUCAUGAGUCUGGAAGAAGAGGACGACUGUCGUGGUGGACUAGAGGGUGUCAGUAAUGUCUGAGGGUCCUCUGGUCCAGGGUCAGGGCUCGACCUUGAGGGAAAAUCCAAAUUUCUGAAAACAACCUGUGUUAUCUGAGGGUUGACUUUGUCAGAAUGUGAGGGUGAAAUGAUCUGUGGGCUUCCAUAGCACAAACAACUUCCAUCUUUGAUACUACUGUAUUGUGCAUUUUUUUAAACUAUAGAAAAUAUGCUGAAAAUUAGCCAUAAAGUACCUUAGAUAGUUCUGUAGAUAGAGGUCGCUAAAAACUUCUAGAUGAAAAAAUGUGAACGAGAAAAUAUGAAAAUUUUAACUGUGCCUAAAAACAAUUAAAAAUUAGAUUUAGGUUAAACAAAAGUUUGGAGCUAACCUGACCUUCGUCCACUCUGUUGACUCCAGCUUUAUUAUUAAUUGUAAGUGGUCAACAGGGUCCAGGCCUAGUUGGUCAUACCUCCUUGACAAGUGAUAUGAAGAAGGCAGACAUGGAUCUCUGCAGGUGGAGAGAAGCUGUAAAGGAUCCCAGUAUCUGGAGCCAGGCGACCAAUACACUCAUGUCAAGGAGACGCUGCUCUUCACUGACAAAGAGGCGAGAGGAAACAACUGUGAGCAGCAGCCUGACGCCUUGUCCAUGUAUGUGUGUUAACUGCUGCCCUACAUCCAUCCAUUGUCACUGUUGUUACUUUAACUUAAAAACAGCUGAAUCUGAGUUGAGAAAAAUGUAUUUUAAGUCAAAGACAGAUAUUAAUAUAAUUUAACGUUUACACACACUAGUUUAGGGAUAAAUAAAUGUAUAAAUGAAUCUUUUUCACAUUCAUAAAACAGUUUAGUUUCUGCUUCAGAAUUUGCCAGCUCCAAUCAUUAGAUUUGUGUUUGUGUGUGUUUGUUACACACUGAUAUGUUUAUUGAGUCACUUUGUGAUGUUAUUUUUAUUAUUUAUUCACUCAUUUUAAAUAUGAUAGUUGUAGUGUUUAAAUCAGAGCAAACUAUAGUGAGAAAGACCUGCUGAAACUUCAUUAAAGUUUAUGGAUGAAGUGACAUCCAAUCACUGGAUAAAUGGUUAACCACAAAUUGAUAUUUUUGAUUAAUCAAUAUCUGUGUGAAUUAAGUAUUAUUUUCAUGAUCAACACUGAAGAUGUCGUCACUGAACCUGUUGCUGCCAAAGAUGACAACGUUUCUGUUAUAACUCAAGAAAGUCACCAAGUGUCUGUUUGUACUACAUUAAAUUAUCCUGAGUUCUGUUUACUAAGUCUAA